AUGUCUAGGCCGUCUACCACAACUACAACCACCGAAAUAAACGCUAAUAAUUUGUCGAAAAUACCUCAAUGGCUUAAUAAAGAAUUUUUUAAACCGGCAUUUAAACAGGUUUUAAACUUUAAAGAAAUAAGUUCUAUAAUUCCAAUCACAACUGAAACACCUGAUAAAACUGUAGCAUCUGAUUUUAUACGAGUUCUCUUAGAGGUCAAAUUAACAGCUAUAUCGACUGAAGAUGCCGUUUUAGUUCUGGAAGAUUUCAGCAGAAAAAAGUUCCAUAACGUAGACCGCUUUAAAGGUUUCGAUAUGUUACACAUGCGUUGGGCUUUACGGAAGUUAGCUGAGUUUCAUGCAGCUACAACAGUCUAUUGUGAAACUGAAGGCCCAUAUCCUGAUUUAUACCAGGAGAGUUUCUGUAAUGCAUCCAACAUACGUAUGGUAAAAAGAAUAACGGAGAAACGUCAAUUACAUUUUCGAAAUGCAAUGCGCCAGUGGGGUUUACCACAUGUUGAAGACUUUAUAAAAAAAAUGCCAACAAUUAAAGAUUAUAUGGAAGCAGUUUUGAACUCAAAUAAUGUGGAUCCCAAUGAAAUUAAUGUGCUUAAUCACGGACAACUAUUCAAUACAAAUAUUUUGUUUAAUUAUAAUGAGAGUGGCGUUAUAGAUGAGUCCUGGCCGACUUUGAUGGAUAUUCAACAGAUGAUGUUUAAAUAUGGAUUUUGGGGACCUAUUGCUGCAAACACUACACUUUGCAAUUUGUUGUUGCCAACGAGUGAACAGUCUUCUUUUGAAAAUAUGUUCAGACCUGGACACGAAGGAGAUAUUUUACGUUAUAAAAGUUUUACUAACCCUCAUUAUGCCAAAGCAAUGUGUCAACUAAUACCAUUUUUUGCAUAUAAGGGUAUAUAA